CUCUAUAGGCGCGGAUGCGACAUCGUAAAAUAGUAACCACAUCAAAACCUAGGUUCGCUAGUAUCGUUAUCAAGGAGUUUGAUUGUUUGACCUCCUUGAAAUAUUUAAUGAUGAUGCUAGAUAAGAUUUCAUGACGUUACAUUUCGAAUAUUUCGAUGGACGCCUAAUCUUGUCUAUGCAACGCAGCUGAGCAAGUGACUUGUGACUAUUGAGUAUUGACUAAUAUUUUAUAUUAUUUAAUAUCGUUUAACGUUUACUGUCCUGUGUUUAAUAUUUAUUAUUGUGUCGUAUUAUAAUACGAAUUUACGAUGGGUCGUGCCGCGUACAAAUGCUGCGUGAAAAACUGCAAUUUUGAAGGUGGUAUCUCGCAUAGAUUUCCAAAUCCAAAAUUGUAUUUGACUGUACUUAGUAAUUGGGUACAAGUGAUCGGUACAGAACAGUUUGAUGGUUUAGAUCCACAACAAAUCUAUUAUGCUAAACGCAUAUGUUCUUACCACUUUUUACCUAGCAAUUACAGUGAGGGUACAAAAAUGUUGAAAAGAAAUAGCGUUCCUACACAACAUAUGAAUUCUAAUUGUGACCUGCCUCUAAGUACAUGUUCUUCCAUACCACUAGUUCCUACAGAAUCAUUGAAUAAUCAACAAUUGCCAGCUACUUGUUUGGAAGUGACCAAUAAUUGUUCAACUGCACGCAGUGUUUCUCCUGUUUCUGAUUUAUCAGGUUUUGAUCUGCUUAAUGAUGAUGAUGAUGAAAAUAACUUGAUAGAUUGUGAUGCUGAUACCAUUGACAAAUGUACUAGUGAUGCUUUUAUUGUUGACAAUGCUGAUGUAGUGCAUGCGUAUGCUUCCACAGUAAAACGUGGAAAAAAGACAAAAUUGAAAAACAUUAGUUCUGGGCCGUUAUUUAAAAUUGGUGUUAAGCGAGCAAAUCUAUUAACACCCAAAUGCAAGUCAUUGUAUGCAGAUAGUGUUUUAUUGAAUAAACAAUUCCGUUCCAUGAAACAAAGAUGUCUGAAGUUUAAAGAUCGGCUUACUGCUGCUGAAAAAAUGUCUGAUAGUUUAAUCAAUUCUAAACUGUCUAGUCGUAUGACUACAGCUGCAGCUAUAUUCACUAGACUACAACUUCGUGAAACAAAUACUUCAGCAAAAGGAAGACGAUUUACACUCGAAGAAAAGCUGUUGAGUUUGUCAUUGUAUAAAAGAGGGGCCAAAUCUUAUAACAUUUUAUCCAAAUUAUUUACACUUCCUUGUCGAAAAACCUUAUCAAAUUUGCUAUCCAAAAUACCUACAGAAACUGGAAUUGAUAAUACUUUAAUUAAAAUAUUAAAGAAAAAUCUAAAAAAUCUUUCGGAUCGUCAAAAAUAUUGCAUAAUAGUUUUUGAUGAAGUGAGUCUUGAACCUAGCUUACAAUAUAACGACUCUACUGGUUCCAUAACCGGAUUUGAAGAUAAUGGAAUGUCAAGGACUCAGAACUUUGCUGACCAUGCGCUAGUUUUUUUAAUAAGAGGAGUUGUGAAAAAAUUUAAACAACCAAUAUCUUACACUUUUUGUAAAAGUACAACAAGUAGCCAUGAUUUAGCUAGUCAAAUAAAAAAUGUCAUAAGAGCAGUCCAUUCCACUGGCCUGAAAAUUAUCGCAACUGUUUGUGACCAGGGUGCAACUAAUACCGCUGCAAUAAAUAUUCUGAAGAACGAUACCAAAGCAGAAUAUUUAAAAAAAAAUUUAAAUUACAAAGAUGAAUUCUAUGAAGUGAUAGUAGGGACUGAAUGUUUGAGAGUGGUUCAUUUAUAUGAUCCUCCCCAUCUUUUAAAAGGCAUAAGGAAUAACAUGCUAAACAAAAAUGUUGUAUUCACCAUUGAUGGUCAGCAAAAAGAAGCCAGUUGGGAUGAUAUUGUCGAUUUAUAUAAUAUUGAUAGUAACAUUGAAGAUGUGAGAAUGUUACCUAGACUAACAUCUGAACAUGUAGAGCGUAAAAAAAUAAAGAAAAUGAAGGUCAAAAACGCUGCUCAAGUUCUCAGUCAACGUGUGUCUUCAAUCAUGUCAUACUUAUCGAGUGUAAAAAUUCUCAAUGAAAACGCUGCAGACACCGCAAAAUUGUGUAUUUUUUUCGAUCAACUUUUUGAUUCGGUGAAUGGAAAUUUCGAUAAAGUUAUUGAUGGUAAAAUUUACAGAACAGCCGUGAAAAAAAAUUCUCCUCACCAUAAGCUUUGGGAAGAGUCUUUAAAAAUAUUGAACUCAAUGUAUUUCAUCAACCCAUUGACAAAAAAGCGUACACACCCGCAGCCUCCAACACUUAAAAAUUGGUCAAAGACCAUUAAAGGUUUUCAAGAAAUUUCAAAAAUAAUGCAAGAAAAUGGUAUAAGAUCAAUACUGUUGAGACUCUUCAACCAAGAUUCUUUGGAAAAUUUUUUUGGUGCAAUGCGUGCCCAUGGUUACCGAAAUAAUAAUCCUACUUGUGAUUCCUUUGCAUCAUCAUACAGAACAUUAUUACUAAACAACUUGAUGUCUGCUCAUUCACCUGGUAGUAACUGUGAGGAAGAUUUUGGAGAAGGUACAUUAACAACAUACCAGGCGUUGAUUGAUAUGUAUGCCGAAUCCCAAGAAACUGAUGAGGAAGAUGUAGAAGUUAGAGUAGCUGAUGGUUUGCCAAAGAUGAUUAGUUGUGAGUCUAAAGUUUUAAACAAUUUAGGUUCACAAACUAAGAACUACAUUGCUGGGUAUGUGAUUAAAAAACUAAACACUGUUCUUUUCCAUGAUUGCUCUACAUGUUUAUCACAAGUAUGCUCUUCAACUAUUACAAAGGACCAUGAAUUAACUGUUGCUAGAGAUUAUAAACCUUAUAACAAAUAUUUAUUAAAAUAUCCUAAUUCAGUCUUCAGCUCAUUAGUUCAAAAUUCAAUUGACAUUAUUGGUCACAAUUUACCGGCAAUAUGCCACCAUAAAAAUGUAAAAGCUGAAUUGACUAACAUUAUUAAUACCACUUUAAAUAUAAAUAUUAUCAUAUGUAAGGACCACGGUACAUUGUUUCCUAAAAAAUAUUUAAAUUUUAUUAUAAAAAUGAUUGUACAUAAUUGGUGCACUCAAAUAAAUCAAAUAAUGAAAGGCAAAAAAAAGUUGGCACCAACUGAAACCGAUCAAAUUAAAUUAAAAGCAUUUAAUCGGUAUGUAACUUUUUCAAAGAGGAUUAGGUAUACCUAAUUCUAUUUAAUUAUUUAAUUUAUAACCAGUAUUCAACAUUUUAUUUUAAUAUUUUUUAAUAUUUAUAUUAUUAAUGUUAUUAUUAUUAUUACUAUUAUUACUAUUAUUACUAUUGUACUAUUAUUACUAUUAUUACUAUUGUAUUAUUAUUACUAUUAUUACUGUGUGUCUGUUUUAAUAUUUGUUAUUGUGUAUGUCUUAUAAUCAUGA